AACGUCCGUGGCCGCAACACUGUGGAGAAUAACAAAAAGCCCGUAGAACAGGACCGAGUUGGGACGUGUACGAUGCAACGCUACUUCAAGUUGUAAUGGAACUCCGUUAACAGUUGGCUGUGGGCUCUGUCCAGGUUAAAGCAGCUUUAAUGGGACUGGACUGGAUAUGGUGAAGGGGAUGUUUACAGCCCCGGGAAUGAUAUCAGAGGUGUAGGUGUGUUUUUCCACAUCAGGUAGGACACAUAAUGCUCCAUAGAGAGAUGAUGGAUGCUCCCGGGCCUACACGUCACACCUCACCACACUACGGUAGCAUUCAUUACACUUAAUAACAAAACAAAUCAAAGCCAGUCCAGCUAAAGUCUCUGCAGGGGGAGCAGCGAUGGCUGUCAAAUCAAGGAAGCCGUGGACGACCGUGAUUUUCGGCGUGUUUGUGGGAUUCACUGCGUCGUCUUGGUUCAUCGUACCUCAAGUUCUGGAGAGUAAGGGAAAGAAAUCUCCCGUGUGUGUGUAUUACAGUGACUCCUCUGCCGGUAAAGGUCCUGCCAUCCCCGGGAACACGGCGACGAGAGGCCGGGACAGCCCCCGUUCCAGUCAGGAGGAGGACAGGUCCAGUCCGGGGAACAGGACCGGUAGCGGGGACAAAGGGAGACCCGGGAGCAGACCCAAGCGUUUCCUCUACGUCGGCGUGAUGACAGCCAAAAAAUAUGUGCGGUCUCGCGCCGUGGCAGCGUUCAACACCUGGGCCAGCUCCAUCCCCGGGAAGGUGGAGUUCUUCUCCAGCGCUGGCUCCGGCUCCAUCCACGUCCCCCUCCCUUUGGUUUCUCUGGAAGAUGUGGACGACUCCUACCCACCACAGAAGAAGUCCUUCAUGAUGCUGAAGUACAUCCACGACCACUACCUGGAUCAGUACGAGUGGUUCAUGAGGGCAGAUGAUGACGUUUAUAUCAGAGGUGAGAAGCUGGAGUUGUUCCUGCGGUCACUGAACAGCAGCAAGCCCCUUUAUCUGGGCCAGACAGGCCUGGGCAUGGCUGAGGAGCUGGGCAGACUGGCACUAGAGCCAGGGGAGAACUUCUGUAUGGGAGGUCCUGGGAUGAUCUUCAGCAGGGAGGUUCUACGCAGAAUGGUCCCUCACGUUAGCGCCUGUCUGAGAGAGAUGUACACCACCCAUGAGGAUGUUGAAGUGGGCCGAUGUGUGCGACGCUUUGGAGGAACUCAGUGUGUUUGGUCUUAUGAGAUGCAGCAGCUCUUCUAUGAGAACUAUGAACACAACAAGAAAGGUUUCAUUGAAGAACUUCACAGUAGCAAGAUCCAUAAUGCCAUUACACUUCACCCUAACAAACAGCCUGCCUACCAGUACCGUCUCCAUAGCUUCAUGCUGAGUCGUGAGAUCUCCAGGCUAUGCUACCGUAGCAUCCUGCUUCACCGCGAUGGCCUGAUGAUGAGUUACCUCAGUGAUACAGAAGUACUGUGGGAGGACCAACAGCUGGGCUCCCCACCAUCCUACAUGCGCUUCAAGCCCAGUGAGAGAAAUGAUGUCAUUGAGUGGGAUUUCUUGACGGGCCGCUAUGUUUAUUCUGCUUCUGAGAACAAGAUUGGCAGGCAAAACCUCGGGAACUUAUUUCGGACUGCACUAGAAGGCAUUAUACUGCAAGUCAUGGAAAUGAUUAAUGAGAAUUCUAAAACACGUGGCCGUGUAAUUGACUUCAAAGAGAUUCAGUAUGGCUACUACAGGGUGGAUCCAAUGCAUGGUGCAGAAUACAUCAUAGACUUACUGCUUCUCUACAAGAAACAUAAGGGACGCAAAAUAACAGUGCCUGUGAGGCGGCAUGCUUAUCUUCAGCAAUCCUUUAGUCGACCAUUUUUUACUGAAACCGAAGAGUUAGAUGUGACUCAACUUGUGGCUGCCAUCAACUCUGAAUCCAAAUCCCUGUCUUUCCUGUCCAACUCACUGAGGUUCUUGUCACCUUUCCAGGUCUUUGAAUCAAACAGGGACAUGUGGGAGCAAAGCCAGAGAAAGAUCCACAUCCUGGUUCCAUUAUCUGGUCGAUAUGGCACCUUUGUCCGCUUUAUGGAGAACUUUGAGAAAGUGUGUUUGAUACCCAAACAAAAUGUUAAGCUCACUAUCAUUCUGAUGGACAACGGGUUCAAUCAGAACAGAGGAGACCACAUUCAGUUGGUCAAAGACUACUACAGGGAGUAUCCCAAAGCUGACCUGUCCAUAGUCACUAUGAUGGGCAACUUUUCACGAGGACUGGCUCUUGAGCUGGGCUCCUCACAGCUUGAUAAUGACUCUCUACUCUUCUUCUGUGAUGUUGAUCUUAUCUUUAGUGGUGAUGCCUUGCAACGCUGCAGAGACAAUGCUGUCCAAGGGAGACAAGUCUAUUUCCCAGUUGUCUUUAGUCAGUACAACCCCAAGAUAGUGUAUUCUGAGAAGGCCCCACGAGAAAACCAGUUUGUGCUGACCAAGAAAAGUGGUUUCUGGCGAGAUUAUGGAUUUGGAAUCACCUGCAUUUUUAAGAGCGAUUUACUAAAAGCUGGAGGUUUUGACACGGCAAUAUCCGGCUGGGGGUUAGAGGACGUAGAUUUGUUCACAAAAGUUAUUAAUUCUGGUUUAAAAGUGUUCCGUAGUCAAGAACCAGGAAUUGUCCACAUCUAUCAUCCCGUCCACUGCAACACAAGUCUUGAACAGAAGCAACACAAAAUGUGCCUUGGGUCAAGAGCGAGUACGUUUGCAUCGACGAUGCGGUUAGCAGAGCUGUGGCUGGAGAAACACAUAGAGGCAGGCUAUAACAGAACUUCAUCCUGACAUCCCAGUCCUCUUUGACUACUCCAUACAAGCUUACCUCAGUUCUGCUUGAGUGCACACAGGGAUGGACUUGUGUGUGUGUUGUAGUGUGACUGUCCCUCAUUGGAGAAGGACAUCACUGGUUAAGACCACACACUACCUAAAUCUAAACAGAUUCAGGGUACAUCCAUGUUUUGGAAGCCAGCAUAAUACAACAAGUGUCUGCUAGGGCUGCACUAUUAUGGCCAAAAUGAUAAUCCCAAUUAUUUUGAUCAAUAUUGUAAUCACGAUUAUUUUGAUCAAUAUUGUAAUCACGAUUAUUAAUCAUGAUUAUUCAUCAUGUUAGGGAAAACAUAUUAAACAAACAAUAGGAACAGUUUUUAGUGUGUGUACAGAGUGUCUGGUGCUCGUUGUAAACAAACAGAGAUCGCUAAGUGAACGCUUCCUGCAGCAGCAGCACAUACACACUGUACUGCUACAGAGCUAACUGUUAGCCUAUUAGCAAUUUGCAGACUGGACGCUAAGGGGUUAACAUCCCCUCUGGCUCUGCAGCUGGGAGAGACUGCUGCAGGAGGACUGUGCCGCUUCGACUCGUUCUUACUCUUCUUAACGAGCCUCGUUAAGAAGAGUAAGAACGAGUCUCCAAAAGUCUCCAAUAACAGCAGAAAAAGUCGCUGGAUUUGUCGCCAGUCAUUUUUUUUUUAAAAUAGUUGCUAAGGGCGUCUGAAAAGUCGCUAAAUAUAGCAACAAAGUUGCUAAGUUGGCAACACUGCUUCGCCGGCUUUUACAAAUGGUGCCUGUUGUUGUGGCGUUCAGUAGUAAGUCACAUCCUGCUUAGCGCUUAGCUUUAGGCAGCUACAGGAAACCUUAACUAUGCGUUCUCCCCCUGGUGGUUGGUUGACUACUGGUGAAGAAAGUGCUUGACUAGAUAUGCAGGAGAGUCGCAUUUUAAAAUGGAAAUAUUGCCGACGAUCAGGUUAAUUUAAUCAUGGCGGCCAAAAUCGUGAUCACGAUUAAAAUUUGAUUAAUUGUGCAGCCCUAGUUCAGAGAGUGUCGAGUUAAAAUCUUCCAGAGGAUUGGAUACAGCCCCUCAAAGCCAAUGAUGCAGCCAAUGAUCAUCUUAUCAAGGUGUUGGGUAAUAUCAGUUCAUAUCCAAAUGUGUGGACAGAUCUGACACCUGCAGUGAUUUGGGACUGGACCGGACUGAGCAGGUCAGUUCUUCUCAUGGCCAUGGGACAUUCACACAGUUUAAUUUCUAUGUUUGCUUGUUUUUGUCUUAUUCAGAUUUUACUGUAAUCCUCCAAAAGACAUUGUCACGCUGAUCAAAGGUUUACUUCAGCAUGACUUCAUGGUUUCUCCUGGACUGUAAUAAAUAGUUAUUAUAUUAGCAUUCUCUUUCUGCCAUUAUUAUCUCAUUUUCAAUUCUGCCUCAGGACAACAUUUUAUCACCCAGUGCACUACACUGCCCUACAAAGUCUAACAGUCUACAUUUUUGGUCAAAAUUGAGUU